AUGAUUGUUUCUGAUUAUUUUGAUUCGUAUCGAGUUUCAUCUCAUCAUUCAUUACAUCUGUUCGAAAAUCCGUAUGAAUGCGAUCAUGCUACCGAAAAAUGUGGCUGUUCAUUGAAUCCACCUAUUUUCGCUCGAAUAAAACGAAUUGUUGGUGGUGAACAAGUUAUCAUUCGUCAGAGUUGGCCAUGGAUGGUCUCCAUUCGCAAAUGGGGUCAUCGUAUCUGUGGUGGUGUACUUAUCUCCUCGCCAUUCAUUCUCAUCGCUGUCGGUAUUAUACAACAAUCGAAUUUAACUCGUCAAUACAAUCGCAUUCGAACUGUCAUCAAAGUAUAUCUACAUUCGGAUUGGAAUGCUGAGCGAAGGCAUAACGAUCUUGCCAUUCCUCAGCUCGAACGUCCAUUGGAUAAACGUUUUUCAAAUAAAAUACGUUUACCGGAGAAAUCUGAUGUUGUGCCUGUCGAUAGUGAAGUUAUCGCCAUUGGAUUUAGUCGAGAGAAAGAAUCAAGUACAAGAACAUCGGAUGUGUUACGUUAA